CAUAUGCCCUACUCCAAGAGCGUGGGUCGGCUGUUCUGGUAUUUCCUCGUAAUGUGAACAGCCCUUCCGGUUGUUGAGUCAGGCUUGACGUGACAACUCACGUAGCCACGCUGCGGAGUUGAGGAAAACCACAGGCAACUGAAAGAUGGAACCAGAAGAUGUCACAGAGGAACCAGCCAGUGAGCCUGGUGCAGUUAGCAAGCUAUGCACUAGCAUUGGGCAGCGAUAUCAGAAGGUCUUGGAUGAUGCAACGCCUCACGUGCGACGACGAUGGAUCCUGGCAGGCCUCUUCAAUGUUCUUUUCUUGGGCCGCAUUGUUUACAUGCAGGGCUGGUAUGUUGUAACGUACGCCCUGGCGAUAUAUCAUCUUAAUCUUCUUAUAGCAUUCCUGACUCCGAAAAUCGAUCCAAGCUUAGAAAUGUCAUAUGACGACGAUGAGCCGAUGCUGCCGACACGCUCCAACGACGAGUUUCGGCCGUUCGAGCGGCGUCUGCCCGAGUUCAAGUUCUGGCACAGCGUCAUGAAGGCGACCACCAUCGCCUACUGCUGCACCCUCUUCAAGUUCUUCAACAUCCCUGUGUUUUGGCCCAUCCUCGUUAUGUACUUCAUAACGCUAUUCUGCAUCACCAUGAAGCGCCAGAUCAGGCACAUGCUGCGGUACAACUACCUGCCGUUCUCCUGGGGCAAGCCCAAGUACGCCAGCAACGUGGCGCCGCCGACCGACGCCGUCUGAUGGUGGUCCGGGGUGACGCGGCCGCUCCGGCCCCGCCGCCGGCCAGACCGCGCCUGCGCCAGGGUCCGAACACUUCGCGCGCGGCGCGCCACAGCGACGGCAGGGCCGGGCGCGGCUGCGGUGUCGGCUGCAGUGAUGGACGCACGCGCGGCUGGCGACGGCAGCGUCCCUGUGCCGCUGCUCCGGACGCGACUGGAGCCUCGCGAGCAGCCGGGCCGCGGCCUGGGAGCGGUGACGGCGUCCUGCCACGCCCCGCCGGCACCCAGACGGUCGACCCGGGUCUCCCACCAGGCCAUCGGACCCACUUGUUGUCUGUUUUCACGUCGUCGGACUCGCAAGGGAGCAUUGGUCGGUCCACGAGGACUGGUAACAAUAACUUAUAUGUUUUUUACGUAGACUCGUCUGUCAGGUUGGCAUUUUUUAGUUGUUAGGGAGCGUCCGCUGUGUUGCAAGAAAGUUGGACAUGUUCGUAGACCACCGCAAUGGCGAUGAUGGUGCACUGUUUGUGACACUUACCCAUUUUUGCUGGAUACGGCAAAAUAUAUGAGGUUAUGAAA